CUUCCGAAUUAGCAUUGACAACCGAAGCGCAACUUUUUUUCCUCAGGCAAAGUGAAAUCCAGCCGCGGACUUGGACAAAAAUCUAGUCCCUCCGAUUUCAGUUCUAAAUUAGCGAAAGAAAUAAAAACAAAUCGACAAAAGGUAUCUCAGGCGCGGGUAAGUUGUGUCGGUGGGAGUGUUUGUGUCGGAGCGGCGAGGUGUUUCCGCGGUGUUUCGAGCACUUUGUGUACAGGCUGAACUGAGCGAUGAGUCUUGUUGCCCAGUAAAGAAGCGAGAACUUGCUUUUGGCAGCGCGAGGAGUUUCUUCUUUCCUACUGUUCGUGUGGCUUUUUUAAACACCAACAAAAAAACACAUCUCAAGCUCGGUGUACGGAAACUUCUCGACGCAUCGAAAGUGGACGAAAAGUGAUUUUGAAGUCGGAACAUGGAACUACAAGGCCUUCCAGAGGCGUUGAAAGUGGAAAUCCAAUGUCAUCAGGACGGAGAGCUUAAGAAACAGCUACACGAAAGGCAGAGCAGAGUAACAGCCCUAAGCGAAAAACAAAAGCUAGCUGUAAGAAGUUGUCCUGUGGGGACGCCGGCCAAGCCGAUCUCCCUCAUCAAGCCUCCCAGCCAGAGCAUCGCCAUCUCCGUGGUGCCAGCUAAGGCACCUGUUUCCAUGGUGACCGCGCACAUUAACGGACAAAAAGCAGUGAACUCUGACGCGCUGCAGACGUCCCCCAUCAACCUGCAAACGGCCAACCGAGCGCACAGACCGGGGGAGUUGUGCCACUCGCAGAUGCUGGGAACACUCACGGCAGUGCCCAUCAAGGUGCCUCAGGUCAGCUCUCUGCAUCGGCUGGCAGGGCAGUCGCCCACUGUGCUACCUCAGGUUAGGCCAAAGACCCUGAUCCCAGACAGCCUUCCCCAUAGCCCUUGCCAGGAGCAGCAGUCCAGCCAGCCACUGAGCCUUGCACGUGGUACUGCUGUGGUCAGCCCCAAAAGCCAGGGACUCGCUACCACUCGCCCAGAGAGGAUGUCCAGCGGCCAGGGGGAGAUCACAUCCCCUCCCCUACCCAUAUCCAGUGUCUCCACAGCCACAGCCAGCCCCGGCGUCGCGUACGCCAUCAUCUCCGCCACCGCACCCGCAGCCAACGGAGCGGCAGCCAUGAGCGAGGCAGUGAAAGUGCAACCGCUGAUCUUCAGCCCAGACAGCAAGGUGAUUAUCAUUCAGCCACAGAUCCCUAGCAGCUCUCAGGGUUCUCCAGGCCCCCAGGCUGAGAUCCCCUCUCAGGAGCCCAGUCCUGCCCCCUCCCCUCCACGCAAGCCCAACAAAAAGGAGGAAGACCCUGAGAAAAUUGCCUUCAUGGUGGCUCUUGGCCUCGUAACUACAGACCACCUGGAAGAAAUCCAGACCAAACGACAGGAGAGGAAGAGAAGAAGUACGGCUAACCCUGCGUACAGCCUGUUUGAUCCAGAGCGCAAAAGGCUUGCUUCAAAUUACCUGAACAACCCCCUCUUCCUAUCAGCCAGAGACUCUGAGGAUCUGUGUUGGAAGGAAGAGCUUGAGCAUGACGACCACUGUGCUGUGUGCAAAGAGGAAGGGAACCUACAGCAGUGCCAUAGCUGCACCCGCGCUUACCACCUGGACUGCUUACAUCCCCCGCUCAAAUCCCCACCCAAGGGCAUGUGGUUGUGCCCUAAGUGCCAGAAGAAGGUUCUGAACAAAGAAAACUUGUCUUGGCCACAUAAUUUUGUUCAGUCUUACGUUACACACAAAACAGUGAGAGAGGAGGAGAAGAGAAGACUGGUAAGGAGGAACAGUGAGCUGAAGAAGGAGUGUGCACACCUGAAAGAAGAGGACCAGAGACUCAACAAAUCACUCUUGAAAUGCAGAGACAUGAAGGAGCGUCUGCUGAGUCAGCAGAGGGAGACUCAGGCGUCUCUGGAGCGUCUCCGAGCCCUAAUCCGCCUCAUCCAGCGCGAUCACAUGAUCCAAGUCACCAUGACGGCCACCACCACCACCUCAGGGGGAGCAGCACUGCUCUCUCUGCCCUGGAUCAAACCAAGCUCCACCAGCAGCACGAGCAGCUCCACAGCACCCCCUGCAGGUCCCUCCACACUGCUGCACAAGAGUGUGCUGCACUCCCAGGGCAACAACUGAGCCCCAUCACAGGCAAAAAAACAAAAAAAACAAAAAACAAACACUUUAUUCAUAACAAAGUACGUGCAUUUCUUUUACCACACAGCUCUUCCUGAGCUUCAUGAGAGAUACUCACAAUGGAAGCUGGAGAGUAAAUUCUGGCCAGUGUGGGUCCCCCCUCCCCUCCCCAAGAGCUGUAUUGUCUUAAGGAAAAAAAAAUAAAAUCAAAAAUAUAAAGAAAAAAAAAAAAUCAAUACUAACUACAGUAUAUUCUUAAGUAUUUUUUAAACCCAACACCUACAGUGCUUAAGAGAUUUUUUUUAACUUAUCGUUUUUAAUUUACUAAAUGUCCUUGGCCUUAAUGUAUUUAUGACAAACGAGCAGAUAACUGUGCCGUCAUGAAUUACGGAAAUUAGGUAUUUUAUGCGGCUAAAGCCUUUUUUAUUUAAAAUUAUUAUUAAGAUUUUCUUUUUACAAGGGGGGGAUUACUUGUUCUACAUAUAGCGAGAGAGAACAUUAGAGUAGCGUUAGUUAAAUGAGACAUAUGAGACAGAGAGGACUGUACAGUGAACUAUUUGAGUAGGAAAAUUAAUCCUUCUCAUUCUCCUAAGAACAACAAUCGCCGUAAUAAUUCAGGUGAAAAGGAGGUGAGAAAGCGGUUUUCAUCAUGUAUGUACUUGCGAGCAUACGAGCCUUCAAACAAACAAAAACGGGAAAAAAAAAGAGAAUAACUUUUUUUCAGUAUUAAUAGAGUUGAGAUAAAGGAACAAAGUAUUUAAGAUGACUACAAAAUUUAGCAUUUCUAGUGAAGAAUUUAGUAUUUUCAUGCGGAUGCCUGUUGAUAAUUGUGAAUCGAAGUAUUGGAGAGAGGGGAUUGAUGUACAUAUGUUGUAUUGUUAUAACAGGUCCUUCUGUUUUUUUGUUUCUUCUGUAUUGUUACUCCAAUCAGAGCCUCAUCAGUGACGUUUCUUUCCGUUUCUGUUGCACUGACAACAAAAGUGGACGUUAAGAAGGACAUUUCAAAUUUCAAUGCGUGUGUGCACCUAUUGUCAAACACUUUCUUUUUUUUUCUCCAGUAUAUAAGAUAUGCCAAAAAAAACACCCUUAUAUUUUGAAACUGGGAGCUUUCCCAUAUUUCAGCAUCGUCUUUUGUUAUCCGUCUUUGUCUGUAUCUCUAUCUGUAGUUUUUGCUUUAAUGAUGCCUUAUUUCCUAAUCACCACAUUGACAUUAUGUAGAAUUUAACAUAUUAUUGCAAAGGACACAUCUGACUGGAGUUGUGUCUGUUUGGUUAUCAAAUUUUUUCUUCAUUUGUGAGAUGAUCUAAAUGAACACUGCCUCAAGAACAAGAUUAGAUAAUGCCAGGGUUUAUUAAAUAUAUCACAUUGAGAUCAGAAAACGUACCUGGAAAUAAUUUGUUUUUUUGAAAGGACAAUUUUGUGCGUCACCUUUGCUAGUUUGUCUUCCUGUUCUUCUUAAGGAUUUCUCAAGGUGCGCAGUUCUGACCUGGCCUGUGAGGCAGGGCUGCUUCUCAACCUGGGCAGCAGGAAAGCUGAUCUGCCUUUGCUUUUAUGUCCCUAGCUACUGAUCAGCGUUCAGCCCAAGUCAGCAGGGUCUGAGCCUGAUCACGAUCCAGUGGAGCAGAGGACUAUGUUUCCAGAAAUAAAACAGUGCAGGUCACUUGGUCCAAAACUGCGUUCAGCUCUGCUGGGAUCAUCCUGAUCAGAGAGUCCUACAUAACCAUGGCAGAUUUUUAAUUUUUCCAACAUCAUAUCUAUCAUGAUCACACAAGGGCUUUGACAGGUUCGGGGUUCUUUGGUUGUGAAAAGUUCAUAUCAGAGUUCUGACAUGGUCUAUUAGAUUAUUGUAAAUUUCACAAAUUAAGCCAGACCAGCGAGCACCAUCCAGAUCUGAAUGUAAGGAAUUACAUGCAUAUCACUCACUGGCUCAUAACAACACCCACAUCAUAGAGACAAGCCUGACCCUAAAGGAUUAGCUCACAGGAAACCACACAGACUAGAGCAUUGAGAUUAGAAUCUAACCGUACUGCAAACAGGAACAUCAACGGAGAAAAGCAAAUUCGUGCAUAUCCGAGCUCUGUUCAUAGUGAGAGUGUUCUUCUGCCCUUCAUGCAUCAUACAAGACAUGUCCCCACCUCCUCCGCAGUCCACCCUCCCCUCCCCCAUAUUCCAGAACCUUCUCCGGGACAAACUGUGCCGUGCUUAUACAGAUCUAUUUUAAUAUACACUCGACACUACGUUGAACAAGAUGAAACUUUUUUAUAUUCUUUUAUCAAUGAACGUAAGAAAGAAAAGAGACAAAAAGAACAUGAUGAUUUUUUAUUGUUUGCCAAUUAUGCAUUUAGCUUGCGAUGUGUGAUGUGUCCGUACGCUACGAGGAAAAAAGGUAGCAAAAAAAAUCCAAGUGAACUCGAAAAAGGCAACAAGGCAACUGUUAGAUGGAUGUCUUCAGAGUGUUCUUUCUGUGUCAUUAUGGAAGGGGACUGUCCAGUGGAUAGGAUGUAUAGGAAAGUGUUUGUCUUACAUAUGCCAAUGUAGUUUUUUUCUUCUUUAUGAUGCAUUCAAACUUGAUUGAUGGAAGUUGGUAAAUGGUAAAGAGUAGUCACACUUUUUUGUACCAAGUUCUUAUUGAAAACUGAAUCAAUAAUAAACAUGGAAAAUUGGA